AUGCGUGUGCAAGCAAGUCCCUUCGUAACCCGCAAGCACCAUAUUCCGGAUCCUUGUGAUGAUGAGGCAAGGAAUGGCACCCAUAGUGACGAAGCAAUUAUGUUGUUUGUAGCUCGGAAGUGCAAAGAUGGCCAAACCGCCCUGACCCACCAGCCACUGCAUGGGCUGCGGGACCACUGUAUUUCGUUGCCAGUCAAGUGGAAUACACCUAGGCAGAAUCUGCGUACAGUUCGGGAUCAGGCGGCGGCUCUCGGAUCAUGGUGGCUUGUCCAAAUUCGUGAAAAUAGGGUUACUAUUGACCAGGAAAUACUUUUUGAUGACCGCACCAUGGGAGGACUUAAAAACAUGUUGGAUGUGAUCCCUCCCGAGUGGGAAAAACCUAAGUAUUCAGAUUAA